CACGAUGAAAAUGUCUUCCGAAUAUUCUCAUCUCCGGAUACAACGAUUUAUCGCCUUUUCCGUGGCGAUUGUUUCGCUGGUUUUGACGGUUGGAGCAAUGGUAACCCUUCCACUAGCCUAUCAUUAUGUUAAUCAGUUGAGAAAUUCUUUGGAAAGACAGUUUGUGGAAUGCAACGAUGUUGUGAGAACAAUCUACGAAGGUGUUGACGAGCUAUCCGUACUGAUUGCCACCUCGAACCACACCAGAAGCAUCCGAGGAGCAAAACCCAGGAGACGAUUUGAUGAAGAUGAAACCACAGGAACCUGUGAUGGCUGUUGUAUUCCUGGAGCUCCAGGCCCCAGCGGAACCCCAGGAAGACAUGGACGCCACGGAGCUCCUGGAGCACCUGGAAGACCAGGAAAUCCUGGAGAGCCACCGAGAGGUCCAUGUGAUCCAACACUUGCAAGCCCAUGUGACUGUCCAGCUGGAGAGCCGGGAGAGCCGGGACCCCGUGGGUCACCAGGUAACAAUGGAUUGCCUGGAUUGAAGGGGCGACGUGGAUUCGAUGGGCUGGAUGGACGUCCGGGAAGGCCUGGAAAAACUGGAAUCGACGGAGUUCCAGGGACAAAGGGAGAAGACGGAGCUGAUGGAGAACCUGGGGAGGUUGAUACUUCCGAUGUUGGACCACCUGGGGAUGAUGGAGAUGAGGGACAAUCAGGAGAAGCCGGACAACCUGGAAAUGAUGGAAGAGAUGGUAAACCAGGACAAGUUGGACCACCGGGACCACCAGGAAAAGAUGGAGUGGAUGGAGAAAAUGGAAAUGAUGGAGAUCUCGGAGAAGCUGGAAUUCAAGGAAGACCGGGAGAGGAGGGGAUCUGCCCAAAGUACUGUGCCAUCGACGGAGGAGUCUUCUUUGACAGCGGAUCCCGCCGCCGCAGAACUUAACUGAUUUUUCUCAAUUUCUCUGUCGGUCUCUCUUAUUUGCUUUGAAAGGUGCUUUUUAGUGAAACGUGAAGUGCAAUAAAUAGUUAUUGGUUU